UCAUUGACGAGGUUUGUUGAAAAAUUGACUGCAAGCAACUGCAGUGAAGUUUCAAAGUGCAAUAAAGUGGUUCAGUAAAAAUAAUAAUGAUGGUAAAUAGCGGCUAAAAAUUAGUCCGCAGGUAAUGUUUGUGUGUAAACAAAUUAAAACUGUAGUUUCAUAUAAAAUCACUAAUUAGUUAAUGUGUUAUUGGUGAGCAAGCUGCGGAGGUGAUUACGUGCUCGGAGUUCAGCAGACGUUUUUCAUUUAUUGAUUUUUUGCAUUAAAUUUAAGCAAAGGAAACACCGAAAAAGGUCAAGUUUCUUAAAAUGCAUUUACAUUAUAAUAAUCAAUGAAUGAAAUUCGAUACGAUGGGGAAACGUGUGGAGCGGAUCAAUGCGCGUAGACAAGCCUUUGAUGACUGUGCAACGCCAGCAGAGCAGCAAACAGAUCUCCCUGGUGGCACUCGCCACACUUUUGACAAAUCAUAUACUUGAAACCGUCUAGCAGGUUGUGAAGUGGGUGUUGGGCACACCAGGCAACCUUUCUGCCACCCACCUAGAACAAACUAGCACAAUUGCGCUAUUACAUUCGUAAAACAUAGACGAAGCUUUGCGCAGCGUCGUAGCUGAUGCGUGGUUUUAUGCAUUUGGGGUUGGGAUGCUGUGAAUGCUAGCUGUUGGCACGAUAGUUGCCUCUAUGUAUAUUAGUGUUUGUAAAGCCUUCUAUCGAAGUGGUUCUUUGGGGUAGACAUUUGAUUAUAAAAGUUUUGCCUCUUUGAAAUUUUAGAGGCCAAGUGCAUAAAUACGAGUUUUGUAGUAGCAGAUGUGCCAGUUCAGAGUGGUAGCUGCGCUGCCCAUUACUGCUGGCCGCUUGCCAUCGCGUCAUACAAACCUCACGAAGGAAGUCUCUUUGUGUUUGGCAAUGUGCCUACAUAUGUAUGAAUGCAUUAGAUGAAAACCAAACGCCGUUAUGCCUCCGCUGUUAAUUGGAUUUUGUUUGGAAAAAAGAAUGAAAAAACAGCAAAGCACCACUGCAAACAGAGCGAGUUAAUUGAAAAAGAUUACAAGGACAAUAAAACAGAUUUUUCCGUUCCAAUACAACAUUUGUCAACCUCGUUUAAACAACCAAUAUCCUCAGUAGAGUGAGUUGGGUAAGGAUCCAUGAACAAUUCUUAGCGUUGAGCAAACAGUCGACAGACGAUAGAGACAAUUGAAAACCAACUACCUAAAUCACAAAAACAGGAAAGAUAAAAGCUAACGUUCGAAAACAAACAGUUGCAACAAGAACAUCCCAGUGGCAACAACAACCCAGACAGACAAUGAACUCUGAUAGCAGUGAAUUGGAGACGUCUAACAAUGGACGCGUCAUAUUCCAUAUGCCUCAAAAUGCCGUCACAAUGGGGUUGCCAUCUACAACCCGUAUAUCGAGUACAAUUGCGACCGCCAACAAUCCAAACACCCCCUCAACCAGUAGCACAAUGCAUUCUGUUGUCGGCAGCGUAGGUGGUAUUGGUAGUGGCGGUCUUGCAACAGAUGUUGGCAAUGAUUACAAUUUGAAUUUGAAUAGCGAAAUGAAUGCACCGCCCGCCACGUCUGUAGGUAAACACUGUGAAAAACCGCAAGAGCGCUACGUAUGGGAAAUGCGCACGCGCAGUCCCAACGUUACACCCGCAAGCACUGUGCUGAAUUCGCCUGAUUUAAAUACAGAUGUGCAGUACGCGUUGCACCAUCAUCAACAUCGGCAGCAUCAUCAGAUUAGAGUAGGACGUAGUCCCGGAAGCCAAUUCGAACAGCAAAACGUAAUGCCGCAGGGUCUCGCGAGCCCAGGUGGAUCCCCCACAGACGUUGGCAAAGCUGGAGUGCAGUGUUUGCGCGACGGAGAAAUAGUCGUUUUCGAUGAUAUUGACACAAAUUGGAUGAAUAAGGCAAACGCGGCCAACAUUUCCAACGCUGUGCUAAGCGGAAUCCCAGUUCCAAAAAACACGAACGAAUCCUUUACGUCAGUACAUCAUCAACACAACAACGAAGAUGUCUUAAAAGUAACUAAGAUGAUUGGCCAGCUACCAAUAGCUGAGUAUGAAGGCUCACCACGUCGCUUUGGCAAUCAACCGCACGGUAAUAUGAAGCAAGCGAAUGCUAGCAUAUUUUCCAAGCGCCCACCAGGCUUUCCACAGCGUGUAUCACCCAUUGCAGGCGCACAAAAUCAGCCACAACAAUACUCGACAAUGCAGCAACAGCUAAUGCAACAAGAUUUCAAUACACGUUCUACACACUAUGGCCAACUUAGCUUACAACAAACACAGUAUUAUGCAAACACACCAUCGUUAGUGGCAACAAGCGUUGCUGGUGCUGGCACUAAUGACUGUCAUGAUAAUAAGUUAAUUGGCAAUUUGAUUGAUAUCGACGAUGGAAGCGUACACGCGGCCGCAGUUGAUGGUGGCCAAGUAAAAACGCCUGCUUUUGAUUACUUGUACGAGUGCUCUGAGACGCGUAAAGUAUUGGAAGAUUUUUUUAAAGCAAAUUCAGAAGAUGAAAAGCGCUUUACUGACUAUACUGAAAGCGGCGACGAUGUGGGAAGUUGUGAUACUCAUUUGGAGUAUGAACGUGAGCGUGAACGUGAGCGCGAAGAAGGAAAACACAUAGAGCAAGCAUAUAUUGGACAACGCUUAGCCAGAAUACCCAAAGAUGAGUUGAAUAUGGUGCAUCGGUCGCCACGCAAACAACCCUGUGAGUCUGUUUACAAUGAAAACAAUGAUAUCGAGUUGUACAUAGAUUCGAAUAGUCGCAGUAGUGGCGAUUUGGCUGACACCGAAUUAGAAGCAAAUUUGCGCCACCAUUCUCGCAAUUUCACACUAUCCCCAGAGACUACUGAUUACGAUUCGAAUUGCGGUGAUCUGGACAGCUUGUCAAAUGACAUAAAUUGUCCCACUGACUAUGGUAAAUUAUACACCAGUAUGCCAGUACUGGAGGAUGGCCUAUCUAGCGGCCAUGCAUCGGAUACGGAAAAUAAUGUAAAUACCACCGUUGAGAGUGAAAAACAAACAGUGGAAAGCAACUGCGCAGAAAAUGGUCAAGCACAAGUGGCUCUGACGAUCCAGACUCAAACACGCCAAUAUCAGCUACAGCAACCGCAUACUCCUCCAACAAUGCUGCAAAAUAAUGAGUACAAUGCGAGCUUGUCGCUCGAGUGCCAUGACAGUUGCAUUUCAAACAGCAUUGUGAACGCUGUAACGAUGGACAGCAAUUUAAUAAACGAUUUAAUUGAAGUUCCUGAUCAAACGAUUCAGCAGCACCACCAGCGCCAGUCAGAAUUUCAGCUCCGCAGUGAUGAACUAAUGCAAAAUGAUGGUGGCUGCUGUAGCAAUAAUGCCGCUGUCUGUUCGAACGCAUCGAAUGAGCUCGGUCACAACAAUUCCAAUUAUGAUGCCGUCUACGCAACCACGAUGACUACAAAGCAAUCUCCACCACCGCCACCAGCACCUGCAGCAUAUCGGCAGUGUGUGCGUGCGAAACAGCAACGCGAGUCGGCAGAUAUACAAGAAGCAAUGAAGGAGAUACGUUCGGCGCUACAACGUGCCAAAACACAGCCAGAAAAAUUAAAAUUUUGUGAUGAGGUAUUACCGCCCGACCCGGAAUCACCAGUGUGGGUGCCACGUAAAACUUCGCCAACUAGCGCUUCAUUGACAACCAAUCGGAUUGGUGCUAACCUGCAUGAUCUGCAUUGUAGUGGCAAUGGUGGCAGCGCGAGCGGAGCGAUCGCAGGGGACGAGGAGGAGCCCGAUACUGAUUUGGAAACGGACCGACUGUUGGGUCAACAGCGGCUCGAUGAGCAAGGUUACUUUGACGAUAAGACAAUUUGGCCCAAAACAUCACGUAUCGGCGUCGGCACAGAUUCCAAUGACCAAUCACCUAGUACAUCGGACAUCACAAUGCUCACCACAAAUUCUGUCAGUAUUAAACCGCCAGCAUUCUCCUCAGCCACCAUUCGUCAGGGCAUUGGCACAGCGCUAACGCCCAGUUCGCCCGAACAGUGUCAGAUUGUAGGCAGCGCAGAUGUUACGCUCAGCUCACCCGAAAAGUUGCAAUACACAAAAAGUCCAACUGGCUCCAUCAAGUCGCUGAAAGAUUCAGCGAACAGCGAUAAGAAGGCAAAGACACGCAACAAAGAGGGGCUAUUGGAUCCUGCAGUGCUAAUUGAAGGCGUCCUCUUUCGUGCACGUUAUUUAGGCUCAACACAGCUGGUAUGCGAGGGCCAGCCAACGAAGUCCACGCGGAUGAUGCAGGCUGAAGAGGCCGUUUCGCGCAUAAAGGCUUUGGCUCCAGAAGGCGAAAGCCAACCCUCCACCGAAGUAGAUCUAUUUAUAUCAACCGAGAAGAUUAUGGUGCUCAAUACAGACCUCAAGGAGAUUAUGAUGGAUCAUGCUUUGCGUACAAUUUCUUACAUAGCCGACAUCGGCGAUUUGGUUGUGUUGAUGGCUCGGCGACGGUUCGUGCCAUCUGAUUCGUGUGGCUCGGACGCAGAUGUGGCAAAUGGCUGUGGCAAUGGUAAUAAGGACGCUCAAGAAAAUGGCGCUGCGGUGAAUAGCAGCGGUAACGGUAGCGGCAGCAACGGCGGUGGCACCGUCAAUGGCGUUGGUUGCAGUGUUGGCGGUAGCAGUAGUAAGCACAAUCGCACGCCAAAAAUGAUUUGUCAUGUAUUCGAGAGCGAUGAAGCGCAAUUUAUAGCGCAAUCAAUCGGUCAAGCCUUUCAGGUGGCCUACAUGGAAUUUCUGAAAGCAAAUGGCAUUGAAGAUCAUAGUUUUGUAAAGGAAAUGGAUUAUCAAGAGGUGCUUAAUAGUCAAGAGAUCUUCGGCGAUGAAUUGGAAAUAUUCGCUAAGAAGGAAUUGCAAAAGGAGGUGGUUGUGCCGAAGGUGAAAGGUGAAAUACUUGGAGUAGUGAUUGUGGAAAGCGGCUGGGGCUCAAUGCUGCCUACUGUAGUGAUAGCAAAUCUGAUGUCGGCAGGUGCAGCGGCGCGUUGCGGUCAGUUGAAUAUCGGUGAUCAGUUGAUUGCUAUAAAUGGCAUGAGCUUGGUAGGAUUACCGUUGUCGACAUGCCAGAGCUAUAUACGCAAUGCCAAAAAUCAGACAGCGGUAAAAUUCACUGUGGUGCCGUGCCCACCGGUGGUCGAGGUGAAAAUCAAGCGACCCAAUACAAAAUAUCAGCUGGGCUUCAGUGUGCAAAACGGCGUGAUUUGCAGCCUUCUGCGUGGCGGCAUUGCAGAGCGUGGCGGCGUGCGCGUCGGGCACCGCAUUAUUGAAAUCAAUAAUCAGAGUGUGGUGGCAGUGCCGCAUGAAAAAAUUGUCAAUCUGCUCGCUACAUCUGUGGGCGAGAUCUUAAUGAAAACUAUGCCGACUUCGAUGUUUCGUUUACUCACGGGACAAGAGAAUCCCAUUUACAUAUAAAUUAAGCUUAACUGAUACGCUAUUACACUCACAUUCUGCAUACAUACUAGUAUUUAUCAAAAUUUUUCCAAUUUGAUUUCACAACUUGUGCGCUAAAACAAAAUUACAAUACUUUCUUACUCAAUAACUAACAAAUAUGUAAGUAUGUACUAUUUACACACAAAUAAUCUGUACUAUUAGAUAAGUAAGUGCAAGAAAAAACCAAUGCAGAUUGAAGGUGAACAAAGAAUUCGAAAUGUUUGAAAAAGAAUAAAUUUGUAAAGAAUGUAAGAAAACACGUAAAUUCAACACGAUGAAAUUGUUAAUGUUCUGCAUAGUACGCGUAUUUCCUUACGAAAUUGCAAAAAUAACGUGCGAUGAUAAUUUCCACGAAUAUCUACACAUACGCAUACACAGCCCAACAUUUUUUUACUAUUAAUUAAUAACAUACAAACUACAACUGUCACUAAAUUAUAAACUAUACACCAAUACACGUAUAUUUAUCUAUACUUGCUUUUUUCUACUUAACGCAAUAAUUGAAAAAUUAAUUAAUAACUAACAAAAAAUAAAACGGUCUGUAUUAUAGAAUUUAGCUUCGAACUCAGUUAUAUAUGUACUACUUGUGGAGCAAAGUUAAUAAGCCCGCUGCCGGGCUUAAUAAUUUAACUGUUGUAGCACGCCAGCAACAAGUAAAACAAUCACGGCUACAAUAACAAUAACAAAAUCACUAAUUGCAUACAAAAAUAUUAAAAAAAAGACUGAAGAUGUUUUAAGUUUUUAUUUAUUAUGCAAAACCAAAAGGAUAGGCAAAAAAGCAAAACAAAUUGAAAGAACUUUGCACACAAACUAAAACAAGAGCACACAGCUUCCUUUUUUACUUAGAAAAAUUACGCAGUUAUGCUUUGCUGCCUCUGCAUGGCCAGAAAUUGUUUAACAAUCGAAUUAGUUUUUUCUUUUUAUGAAAUUUUGUGGACUUUGCAAAAUUGUAUGCACGCAAAAAAUGUCUUGGUUUCACAACGUUUGCCAUAUUUUUUACGGUAUUCAAUUUUUUAUAUUCAAGCAGGUUCUGCAAUUCACUUCCGAGUGAAUUUCAAUCAAACCCGCUUUGAAUUCACACUGGCAGGGAUUGAAAUUCACUCGGAAGUGAAUUGCAGAACCUGCCCGAUUGAUAUUUUUUAAUUUUCAUUUAAGCUAGCAGAUUUUAGUUUAACUAAGAUAUUGAUAAUGUAUGUAGUUCUAACAGUGCCAUUGCUUAUCAAUUGAAAUUGGUAUUUUUCCCCAAACGAUAUUUAA